CCGGGCAAAGUCUAUGAGAAGACCACCGACCGCGGCAACACCAUAAUCUACGAACACAAACAGGGAUUUUGGACUCUUUCUGUGCAACCAAUGCAGUUCUGGCUUUUAUUUGACCUUGAGCAAGGCGUUCUGCGCGUCAGUGCCGGACGUUAUUGGCACGGCCGUUUUAUGGGCCUGCUCCGAAGCAAUGACCUUGAGAUCGCCAAUGACAGAGUUCGGCUCGGAGAAGAACAAACUUUCGAUAAUUUCAGUUCCUGGCGCACUUCGUCGUCUCUGGAACUGGAAGAAAAGAGGACCAUGGAUGCAUCGGAAGUCAAUCAAAUAUUCAAGGAGCCUUUGGAACGCAUACCGGCGUCGUAUAGAAAACGAUUUAUUAACCUCGCAAAAGCCGGAUCGCAAAGUCAAAAUGACACAAACAUCUCCAGUGCUCACGUUUCCAGAGUCCUUUCUGUUUUAAAUAGACUGGGAGAGGACAAAUAUCCUUCGGUAUAA